AUGUUCGACGGUUCACCAGGUGUGGCGAAUAGGGCACAUCUCGGUGGUGCGGAGCUCGCGAAUCUCCUUGGUGGUGGUUCGGAUGAGGGGGAUUUUGAUGAUCUUGAUUUGACAAAUGAGGAUGAAGAGAUAUGGGUUGGGAAAAAGUUCAGGAACAAGGAACACUUUAAAGUUACGUUGGCCAUCUAUGCGCUGAAGAAGGUAGUGACGUUCGAAUUCAAUAGGCAUGCGAAGAAGUACACAAUCGCAAAAUGUCCAUCAAAGAUAUGUGAUUGGAGAAUGUUGGGGCAUCAAGUUGGCGAGUCUGUGUUGUAUGAGGUUAGGAAGGCGUGCUUGAAUCAUACAUGCCACCCGGACACAAGACGAAAUUUUUCAAAGCAUGCCACUUCUAAAGUCAUGGCGGCUCUGCUGAAGUCUAAGUGCCAGAACGCAAUAGUUGCGAGUGAGCUACUUCCAAUUUUUCUGUCCAAAUAUAAUAUUACAGCCUCUUACUGGAAAUGCUGGAAAGCUAAGGAGCUGGCUGUAUACUCUGCGCACGGAAGAGAGGAGACUUCUUUCAAAUUAUUACCGAUUUACCUCCAUGUGCUCAAGUAUGCCAACCCCGGCACCAUAACGCAUUUGUCAACUGAUAGAGAUGAAAAAGGUAUAACAACGUUUAAGCCCGUAUGUAUGGCAUUGUCUGCCUGUAUUUCUGGAUGGAAACAUUUGAAACCGGUAGUUGUUGUUGAUGGAACGCACCUGUUUGGUAAGUAUAAGGGUUGUCUAUUAACGGCCAGUGGACAAGAUUCUAAUUACCAGGUUUUUCCAAUUGCGUUCGCCGUUGUCGAUGCAGAGUCUGACCAGACAUGGAGGUGGUUCUUUGAGAAGUUGGUAGACAUUAUUCCACAUACCUGUGAGCUUACUAUUAUCUCGGAUAGGCAAGGUGGAAUUGCCAAAGCUAAAAAGGAGUGA